AUGCUGAUACAGAGUAUUCUCCUCGGACUCGUGGCUGCCAGCACUGCUGUCGCGGCCCCAAGUUCCCCUCGAACUCCCGCUGCUGGUGGCGAUGACAACGGCAUCACGCUCGAAGCGCGUGACUUGUUGUUCAAAGUCUGUCGCCACGCAGACUUCAAAGACUGCUUGGAUUAUCCAGCAAAUCUCGGCUCCUGCAUCAACGCCCCCAAUGGCUGGAAUGACGCCAUCAGCUCGGUCAAGACCACAGAUCCUUUUAUUUACUGCUUCAUCUAUCGUGAUAGUAACUGCUCUGGCGACCGAGGCGGUCCGGUUUACGAUGACGACAGGCAUCGCAACCUGGAAGACUUUGCUUGGAACGAUGUCAUCAGCUCGUGGCGGUGCAGCUUCACCUAUGAGCGUUAG